AUGAUGGAGGACAAGGAGGUCUACACGGCUUUGAACCUGCAGCCCAAGCAGGGCGGCUCGGACGGCCCGUCCCCAGCCGAGAACCAAGGUUCCCGUCAGUAUCCUGGCUGGCUUCAGGUCGCUCUAGGGGCUGGCAAUCUCAUCCAGGCAGUGGCUGUGCUAUUGCUGGCGGUGUGUGUUUCCCACUUGGUGUCUCAGAAGGGACCGACCCCGACAGCCCCAGGGACCGACGGAGCCGGGAGCGCAGACCCCAGCACAGCAGAAUGCAGCAACCGCCUGGAGCAUUUCCGAUCCCAUCUGAGCCAACGUCUGUGCCACCCGGCCCCGCCCGGCCCAGCAGGGGGCCCCGGGUGCAAACUCUGCCCCACGGACUGGUGGCUGCGCGGGGACAAGUGCUACUGGGUCUCCAGAAGAGGUGAAAUGUGGAGCGAGAGCCGCGCCGACUGCUCAGUGAGGGGCUCCCAGCUGCUGGUGAUCCGGGACCCCCAGGAGCUGGAGUUCAUAAAGGACCUGACACAAGGUUCAAAUCAGUUCUGGGUCGGACUGUCCGUCUCCUCCCUGGAGAAGGCCUGGAUCUGGGUGGACGGUUCCCGGCUGGAUCCUCCUUUGUCCCCGGUGUCAGGCCUGGCUGAGGGGAACAGCUGUGGGGUGUUGAACAGGAAUCGGAUUCGUUCUGACACCUGUAGCUCUGUACUUCGGUGGAUUUGCCAGAGAGAUGCCGUUGCACUCUGACGGGGCAUCCAUGGCCCGUUAACAAUGGCAAGGAGCCUUUCAUCAAUAAAAGCAUCAUGAGAGAUCUUUGGCACGUUAUCUAGCGCCAGUCAUGAGGAUC